CUAAUAUGUAACCUCUAACCAGUGCCUCUAACCAGUGCUUCAAUACCUCCUAAGCUCCAACGUAAUAGAACUCAAUAUAUAUGACUCAUCUAUCCGCCUUAGUUUGUGUAUUUUUGAUAAGUUUUUUCAAUGUUUAUGCUACAGCAAAUGAUAUAUUUAAUGCCUAAAAAGAUUGUAAAUAGCAACAUUCUGUGCUUGUUUUCAAAAAUUUCAUUCGCACUCCAAAUAACAAACUCUUCUCCGAUUGUCAUUUUGAGCGAUAACAUUGAGUUCAAUAUCACAAAAAAGUUAGCAGCAUCAGAAGAAGAAACAAGAAAAAAGCCUAAGCAAUACGAAUUAUUUUGAGGUUGCAUUCAGCAAUUACGCUAUUUUUAUGUCUUCAAAAAGUCCAAAGAAUGGUUUCUUACAACAUCAGGAAAGAUAUAAAUUCUCUACUCCUCCUUGGAAGGACGUUUAUCGCAAGCGUUGCUUGCAAAGACUUCACAAUGGCAGGAGAAAAUUGUUGGAAAAAUUUCGUCAAAUGGAUAAAUCGGAAAGUUUAGUGAAGGAGGUUAUGGAAGAAGAGUGGAAUAUGUUACGUAAAGACACUGAUUUGUGUUUGACACCUGAGUAUAAACGAUACAAUCUGUUUUGCUAUGAACCAGAGUUUGGGGAUGAUGAAGAUCUAAAUGACUUAAUCAAUGUUUUUGAAGAAAUUCAAAAUGAAUUAAUUGAGGAAGAAAAGCUCUUGCUUAGCCAGGAGUAUGAAAAAGACUUGAUAUUUGAGGAAGAAAGACUUUGUGCAGCUAUUGAAAGUCUGCAAACCAAUGAUCUUAUUUGUCCUAUUUGUAAACAAAAUCCCUUGUUGCAGAACAAGCAGGUUAUUUUUUGUUCAUGUGGAUUGCAGUUUUACACAGAGAAUGAUGCCAUAACUUUGGAUUGGGUUCACUCACAAUUGAUGGAUGCAAUGGAGCAACAUAGAAAUUAUGGUUGUAUGGACCAGGCAUUGUUUAGCGUAACCUCCCAUCCUGAACUCCAAGUCAAAAAUUUGAUUAUGGCAUGUAAGAGCUGUGAUUUUUUGGCAAUAAUUCUGUAAAAAGUGUGAAAGAUUAUAUUUGUUAUUUAUAAAAAAAUGUCAUCGUUAAUAAAAAAGUGUAUUUAAAAGCAUUCUUAUUGUGAAUAAUGAUAUUAAAAUAUAUUUACAUAAAUAGAAA